UAACGCAGAUAAACUAAACAUUGAGGACUCUGUUGAUAGCUGUUAUUAGUGUCCACAAGGUGCUGGGAAAAUCGAAAUACUUUUCGAAAACUUUGUUGCAUUGUGAAAAAUCCAUAGAAUGCGCAGAAAAUGUUUAUCAGUCGUCACACGCACACACCUGCAGCUCGUGAGAGCGAGGGAGAGCACAGCUGUCGCCGGUGCAUGUUAAAUGUACGUGUGUGUGCGUGAACUUGAGUGGGAGGCGGAAAUAUUGGAAAAAUUCCUUCGCCUUUUUUCGAUGUCUUAGCCGCGUGCCCUGGACUGGAAUUGGUCGUCACUAGCACUUGAAUUGCAGACAUCAAAGGAUCAGACCUUAUACCCCUAGGAAAACACUCACUCUAGAGACCGCUCAGCAAGAUGGCCAUGUCCAAGGUGAUUCGGGUGCUGGAGAAAUCCAUAGCCCCCUCGCCGCACAGCGUCCUCCUGGAGCAUCGGCACAAGAGCGACAGCAUCCUCUUCGAGUCGCAUGCGGUGGCCCUACUCACCCAACAGGAGACCGACGUGAUCCGGAAGCAGUACACCAAGGUCUGCGAUGCCUACGGCUGCCUCGGUGCCCUCCAGCUGAACGCCGGCGAGAGCACCGUCCUAUUCUUGGUGCUCGUCACUGGCUGUGUCUCCAUGGGCAAGAUCGGCGACGUGGAGAUCUUCCGGAUCACACAGACCACGUUCGUUUCGCUGCAGAAUGCGGCGCCCAACGAGGACAAGAUCAGCGAGGUACGCAAGCUCCUCAACUCUGGGACCUUCUACUUUGCCCACACGAAUGCCAGCGCCUCGGCAUCCGGCGGUGCCACCCCGCAUCGCUUCGACAUCACGUUGUGCGCCCAGCGACGCCAGCAGACGGAGGAGACGGACAAUAGGUUCUUCUGGAACCGCAUGAUGCACAUCCACCUGAUGCGCUUCGGCAUCGAUUGCCAGUCGUGGCUGCUGCAGGCCAUGUGCGGCUCCGUGGAGGUGCGCACCGUCUACAUCGGGGCCAAGCAGGCCCGGGCGGCCAUCAUUUCGCGGCUGAGCUGCGAGCGGGCGGGCACCCGGUUCAAUGUGCGCGGCACCAACGACGAGGGCUACGUGGCCAACUUCGUGGAGACGGAGCAGGUGAUCUAUGUGGACGGCGAGGUGACCAGCUAUGUGCAGACGCGCGGUUCCGUUCCGCUCUUCUGGGAGCAGCCCGGCGUCCAGGUCGGAUCGCACAAGGUGAAGCUAUCGCGGGGCUUCGAGACCUCGGCCGCGGCCUUCGAUCGCCACAUGAGCAUGAUGCGGCAGCGUUACGGCUACCAGACGAUAGUCAAUCUCCUGGGCAGCUCCCUCAUCGGCAGCAAGGAGGGCGAGGCCAUGCUCAGCAACGAGUUCCAACGCCACCACGGCAUGUCCGCGCACAAGGACGUGCCGCAUGUGGUCUUUGACUAUCACCAGGAGUGCCGCGGCGGCAACUUCUCGGCCUUGGCCAAGCUCAAGGAAAGGAUCGUGGCUUGCGGGGCCAACUACGGUGUCUUCCAUGCGGCCAGCGAUGGUCAGGUUCUUCGCGAGCAGUUUGGCGUCGUACGCACCAAUUGCCUGGACUGCCUGGACAGGACCAAUUGCGUCCAAACCUACCUGGGCCUGGACACGCUCAACGUGCAGCUGGAGGCCCUGAAGAUGGGCGGCAAGCAGCAGAACAUCUCGCGCUUCGAGGAGAUAUUCCGCCAGAUGUGGAUCAACAAUGGCAACGAGGUGAGCAAGAUCUACGCCGGCACUGGCGCCAUUCAGGGCGGUUCCAAGCUGAUGGACGGAGCCCGAUCGGCGGCCAGGACCAUACAGAACAAUUUGCUGGACAACUCGAAGCAGGAAGCCAUCGAUGUCUUGUUGGUGGGAUCCACGCUCAGCUCGGAGCUGGCCGACCGGGCUCGCAUCCUGCUGCCCUCGAACAUGCUGCACGCCCCCACCACCGUUCUCAGGGAGCUGUGCAAGCGCUACACCGAGUACGUGCGCCCCAGGCUGGCUCGCGUGGCCGUGGGUACUUACAAUGUGAACGGCGGCAAGCAUUUCCGCAGCAUCGUCUUCAAGGACUCGCUGGCCGACUGGCUCCUCGACUGCCACGCCCUGGCCAGAUCCAAGGCCCUCGUGGAUGUGAACAAUCCGUCGGAGCACGCCGAUCACCCGGUGGACAUCUAUGCCAUUGGUUUCGAGGAGAUUGUGGACCUCAAUGCCUCCAAUAUCAUGGCGGCCAGCACGGAGAACUCCAAGCUGUGGGCCGAGGAGCUGCAGAAGACGAUCUCGCGGGACAAUGACUACGUGCUGCUCACCUACCAGCAGCUGGUGGGCGUGUGCCUGUACAUCUACAUCCGGCCGGAGCAUGCGCCGCACAUCCGGGACGUGGCCAUUGAUUGUGUGAAGACAGGCCUGGGCGGUGCCACCGGCAACAAGGGUGCCUGUGCCAUUCGCUUCGUCCUCCACGGCACCUCCAUGUGCUUCGUGUGCGCCCACUUUGCGGCCGGACAAUCGCAGGUGGCGGAGCGGAACGCCGACUAUGCGGAGAUCACCCGGAAGCUGGCCUUCCCCAUGGGCAGGACCCUCAAGUCGCAUGACUGGGUCUUCUGGUGCGGCGACUUCAACUACCGCAUCGACAUGGACAAGGACGAGCUGAAGGAGUGCGUCCGCACAGGCGAUCUCCCCACCGUCCUCGAGUUCGAUCAGCUGCGCAAGGAGCAGGAAGCGGGCAAUGUCUUUGGAGAGUUCCUUGAGGGGGAGAUCGGCUUCGAUCCCACGUACAAGUACGAUCUAUUCAGUGACGACUACGACACCUCGGAGAAGCAGCGUGCUCCGGCUUGGACGGAUCGGGUACUCUGGCGCCGGCGGAAAGCCCUCGCAGAAGGAGAUUUCGCCCCCUCAGCAUGGAAUCCCGGCCAGCUUAUCCACUAUGGCCGGUCGGAGCUGAAGCAGAGCGAUCAUCGCCCGGUGAUAGCCAUUAUUGAUGCGGAGAUCAUGGAGAUCGAUCAGCAGCGCCGGCGGGCGGUCUUUGAGCAGGUGAUCCGGGAUCUGGGGCCACCGGACUCUACUAUAGUGGUCCAUGUGCUGGACUCUGGGUCUGGGCAGGGCGAGGAGGACGGACCCACCAUCUACGACGAGAACGUGAUGUCUGCCCUGAUUGCCGAGCUGUCCAAGAUGGGCGAGGUCACCCUGGUCCGGUACGUGGAGGACACCAUGUGGGUGACCUUCCGAGAUGGAGAGUCGGCACUGAACGCAGCCGCCAAGCGGAGCACACAGGUGUGCGGCCUGGAGCUGGUGCUGGAGCUCAAGUCCAGCGACUGGCAGCAUCUGGUGGACAGCGAGAUCGAGCUGUGCACCACCAACACCAUUCCGCUGUGCGCCAAUCCCUCGGAGCAGGCGCAGCUCCUCCAAGCCCUCACGCCCGAGUUGCCGCAGCGGCCAAAGCAACCGCCCACGCGUCCUCCGGCCCGGCCGCCCAUGCCCAUGUCGCCAAAGAACUCGCCACGUCACCUGCCCCAUGCCGGGGUGAUUAGCAUUGUGCCCAAGCCGGCCAAGCCACCGAUGCCGCCGAUGCCAGCCCAGCCGUUGACUCAGCCCCUGAUGCCGGCACCACUGCAGGCGCAGCAGGCACCGCCACGUCCGCCGGCCAUGGAAAACAAUACGCCCUCCUCCAAGUCGCAAUCGCCGACGGAAUUGGCCUCUGCCAGUUCCUCGACCUCCUCUUCGGGCAAAGCCUCUCCCACGGCUCCAGCAGCACCGGCAACGGGCAUUCUCUCCGGUCCGCCGACACCGCCACGUCAAAUGCAGAGCAAGCAGGCCACGCCCGUAUCCACGCCCACGCGGCAAGCACCGUCGCCCAAGGAGCAGAUGCCACCGGCAGCGAUUGACACCGCUUAUGAGACCGCCAGCAAUAUAUACGAGGAGAUCCAGGAGGAUGUGCCGGCACCAAGGCAUCCGCCGCCAGCAGGACCGCCGCCAAUGGGGCCGCCGCCGCCGCUGCCCAAUCGGCGGGGUCCGCCACCGAUACCAAAUAGAAGCGGCAAUGCACCGCCGCUGCCCACGCGACCCGCCAACAACUGAGCACGCACAGGGGCUCGCGCUGUCUUGCACUCCGAUUGCAUUCCGAAUCGCUGUAUUUAAAUGUUAAAUAUACUCGAAUAUAUUGGGCCUGGAACCCCCGGCAAUAUCCGCACUCUGCAUGGAAUCUACGUUACCUAGUGUAUUACCUGUUUGAUUGUUUCAAAGCCACCAACUAAACGUUAACUACUUUAACUAAUUUAAAGAAUCAGUUGCCUAGAUGAAGUGAUCCCCCUUUUUUGCGCACUUUUUGUACUUGUUUAGGCCAAGCGACGUUACCAACUCCCACUCCCAGACUUGCCGAGGAAGAACAAAAACAAAUAAUGAAUUAUGAACUAUAUGAGCGACAAAAGUAUUAAACUAAUCUGCAUAAAUGUAUAAUGUUUAAAUGAAUUAUAGCCGUACUAGUCAAUUUAUGAAAUAAAUGCAUUGUUAGAGUGGCAAAAAAAAAAAUGAGAAAAACAACUGGGAAUUCUGGCACUCGUGAAACAGCGGCAGAUUCCCCCAAUACAGCAUAUAUAUCCAUUGUUAUUGAACUAAUAUUGCAUAGAUAUUACCUAUUUAUUCCACACACACACACACUGUUAAUCGUUCAAGAGUUUGAGGCUCCUCCAUCCUUCUUUGAGUUGAAACAUCAAUGAAAUUUGCUUGAAAUUGUUUAAACGUUGAAAUUAUACCUAAGAUGGAAUUAAUCCACGACAAAACACAAUUAGCAAUACAGAAUAUAUAAUAAUAAAUUAGUUGGAACGCCGUAGAUGCGCCACUCCAGCCACAUG